CUCUUCCAGGGUUGUUUAAUAACGGGCGGGUCACUUGCCAAGGUCGCGUGUGGCUAACAUGGUUAAUAUUCCUAAGACGAGAAAUACGUUUUGUAAAAGUUCCAAAUGCAAAAAACAUACUUUGCACAAGGUAACUCAGUACAAAAAAGGAAAAGAUUCCCUGUAUGCACAGGGCAAGCGGCGGUACGACAGGAAACAGUCAGGUUACGGUGGUCAGUCAAAACCAAUUCUCAGGAGAAAAGCUAAGACUACAAAAAAGAUUGUGCUGCGGUUGGAAUGCUCUCAAUGUAAAUGUAAGAAGCAACUGAGAAUCAAGAGAUGCAAACACUUCGAACUUGGUGGAGAUAAGAAGAAGAAAGGUCAAAUGGUCACCUUUUAAAUGAUCACACAUAAAUAAUUAAUUGGUAUUCAUCAUUGUUUUGGUUUAAAGUCGGGUGGUUCCUUGAUUUGAAUCAGGACUAGUUCGGCGAAUUUCUUGAAUUGGUGAGAGACGACAGUUGUUUCCGUGUGAUGGACGUUGGAUAUUACUGAGUGUUAGGUGGAGUAUCUGUCUUGAAUGUAGCAAGUACUCAUCAUUUUUAGUAAGAUUUUCUCUAAUAUUGCCAACUCUUCACCCACCAUAAUACGAAGAUUUGUGUUGUAAGUGAAUAGCUUUAGACAAGUCUUA